AAUUACUCACAAAAUUACAUGGCAAAUUAUUAAACCAUAUUAUGAGACGUUAGUGUCUCAAUAUUUAUUCCCACAAUUGUGCUUUUCUGAUGAAGAUGAACAAUUAUGGGCAGAAGAUCCUGUUGAUUAUAUUCAUAAAAAAAUGGAUCCUUUAGAAGAUUUCAGUUCUCAUACAGCUGCAGCUAUUUCUCUCCUUAUUGACCUAGCAAAACUUCGAAAAAAAUUUACUUUUAUGGGAAUAAUGGGAUUUAUUAAUAAUAUUUUGGCUAUUUAUCAUGAUGCUCCUACUGAUGCUAAAAAUCCACGUCAUAAAGAUGGUGCUUUGAAAAUGAUUGGAUGUCUUAGUGAUUUGGUUAUGCGUAAAAAAUCUGGUGUUGCUCAUCUUAUGGAAGGUUUCCUUACUACUCAUGUGUUUCCUGAAUUUCAAAGUCCUUAUCCAUUUUUAAGAGCUAGG